AUGAAGGAGCUGAAACCAGCAAACUACCACGUUAGAGAGGAGAUGGAGCCCAUGACCUACAGCAGUUUGGACUUUGACUUUUUACUGGAAAUUUUGGAGGCAGACUUUGACAACUCUCCUCCUCCCGAUGAGAAUCCUGUUGAGGACGGGUUUGACCCCCUGCAGCCUCCGACAGAGGGCGACAUGCCCCACGGAGCAGCGCCGUUCGGCCUCCAGCAGCCAGCCCUGCCUGCACCUGGAUUUCUGGAUGCCCUGAACGACUUUCCUCCUCUUCCUCCUAAUUAUGCCCCGGCUGAGGAAGGGUACCACCCCCAGCAGCCUCCGACAGAGGGCGAUAUGCCCCACGGAGCAGCGCCGUUAGGCCUCCAGCAGCCAGUCCUGCCUGCACCUGGAUUUCUGGAUGCCCUGAACGACUUUCCUCCUGUUCCUCCUAAUUAUGCCCCGGCUGAGGAAGGGUACCACCCCCAGCAGCCUCCGACAGAGGGCGACAUGCCCCAAGGAGCAGCGCCGUUCGGCAUGCAGCAGCAGGUCCUGCCUGCACCUGGAUUUAAUGUUGCACCGACCGACUUUCCUCUUCGUCCUCCCUGUUAUGCCGCGGCUGCCGAUGGGUACCAGCCCCAGCAGCCUCACACACACGGCGCCAUGCCUUACGGAGCAGCGCCGUUCGGCCUGCAGCAGCAGGUCCUGCCUGCACCCGGACCGGCUCCUCCCAUGUACCAGCCACCAACCGCCCUGCAGCCGAGCUACAUGCAGCCGGCAGCUCCCUGCCGCCGCAGACAGGUCAACAAUGUGCCAGCGAACCUCCCUCGUGGCUGGGAGAAGAACCUGACUGCUGUUGGAUACAUAAAUGGACAGAUCGUGUAUGGUCUUCCGAACUACACAGCUCCACCUGUCGCUUCUGAUGUCCCUGUUGUUAAGGCUCACGCUCCACGAAAGCGAAAGUUCUACGCAGAACCAGACGAGAGCAAGCCUUACGUCAAGAAGCCUCCAAACGCUUUCAUGAUAUAUCGCACGGAACAGAGGCCAACAGUUGCGGCAGAGCUGCAAAACAGGGAUUGUGCAGCUAUCAACAAAGUCAUCGGACAGAUGUGGAGGUCACUGCCCAAAGAGGAGCAGGCGAUAUACUAUGGACAUGCAGACAGGGAGAGGCAGCUCCACACUCAGAUGUUCCCUGAGUGGUCAGCCUGUGACAAUUACGGCAUAAAGAGGAAGAGGAUAAGGAGGAAGGAUCCUAUGACUGACUAUUCUGCCAUUUGAAUUCUCCAGGGAGUGAGAAUCAUCUGAAGACCUUCAGAUGUGUUACUUUUAUACCUUCUGUCUACUAAGUAGACCUUUUUUAAUAAAUACUAAAAAUGAAA